AUGGCAUCGGUGCCUUCCACUGGAUCUCUGGCCCCAAACCAGUAUUAUCGAAAAUCCAGUGUUUCUUCAGGCAACUCUUUAACUGGCUCUGAUUCUGUUCACUUCGUAGAUGCUGACACAUCCCAGCAAGGGUUACCUGAAGUGGCAGAACCCACCUGCUGGUUUAAAUCCUUCUUCCAGUCUGAGCAAGCAAAGAAGACCAGUCUGCUUGUGGGUAGUGAAGGCUUUGAUAUGAAGCAUACUUGA